AGUAUCAUGCAAUUCCUAUUAGCAGCCGAGCAUGUAAGAAAUCUGCCCAGCUGCAGCUCCACGACCGACGGAAGAAGAAGAAUUCAUCGGGCAUUUGCAGAAGAAAAGGUGGGGCACUCAGCAUCCGUUACAUACAUACAUUACAGUACGAUAUCAAAUCUAACACUGCCUGCCAUACAAUACCAUACAUACAUCAGGCUACAUCGACGAGAUCAAGCUCAAAGUCUAGCUCAAUACUGAUGACACCUCAUAAACACGACGAUUUCUACCCAGGCAAAAUUGAGAAAGAGAAAGGAACCACGGGAGAAUCAACUGCUCAUUCAAUUAUCCAUCUCCGUAAUAUAAUCCUCUCGUGUAUAUGUUGUUUCGUCUGGGAACACCUUUCUAAUCCACCUGCACUCCUUAAAUUUUUGGCUGAAUCUCAAAACGACUUGACGAUAGAACGAAGCUAUAUAUUACCCUACAUACCGAUUGCAUAUUUUGAUUCCUACAGCUCGUGAUUUGUCGAGGGAUCUAAGACCAAGACCAACGGGGAGCCGACAGGAUACGCAAGGUAAAGGGCGAAUAAACGAAUGGGAUCUCUUUGAACUUUGAGCAGGGCCCUUGUACUGGAUUUUGCAGUGAGAUUACCGGUAUAUGCAUAACCCAACCCAUCAUCGAGCGGACGAACGAAGAGAAAGAAGAAGAACGAGAGAUUCUGCAAAGGGCCUGGACGCAUACAUGUGAAUGAGUCAAAGAGGGACGAGAAGAAAAAGUUGGAAGGAAUUGUCAUUCAUUGGAGUAUUUUGCCGUGAUUGAUUUGUACUGAGUUACGGAGUCGGGAUUCUCGCAUCAAACGAAGAAGUCGAGCAGGGAGAGGGAAGGAAGAUAACAGAUAUUGGGAAGGGUUAAGUAUAAUUAAUACCUUUCUUUGAAGAACGACUCUCGUCGAUUUGCAUCAACAAUCAUAGAAUCCAAAGACAUAUAAAGAAUAAACACGAUACAUACGAUACGUACGAUACAUACGAUAUACACGGGAUCAAUAUAUGGUCCAAAUCUAUAAGCAUCGACAAUCCACUUUCACUUGGCCGGAUCAUCUCGUCACUCUUUGAUUCGACUACUACUUGCUCAUUUGUCUACUACCCUCGCUCCUACAUCACACAUACAUAUCAGAUACUCCAAUACUCCAAUACCCCCUUUCCGAAUCCAUUCUCGGCAUCUGAAGCGCCCAGUCGUCGGCCAAUCUGGAACUUGACUCCAAUACCCCGUCUCCAUCUUUCUCUCCGUCCAUCAUUUAUCCCGUACUCCGUCCAUCGUCCAUUGACAUUAUCUCCCAUUCUCUCUGCGCCCCCUGGUUACUUCUUGGUACUCAUUACAUAUAUUUUGUACCCCUACUGGUACCUCUACCAUUACAUCCAUUAUAUCUCCAUUUGCUGUGUGUGCACUUGGCGUAACCCAUUCGAGGCCUUUCUUCAUUUCUCGCUCGAUCUCGCAGGUCCUCGCCCGUACCAUCCACCUUUUUUAUAUGCUCAUGGUGUGUCGCACCCAGUCAAACCACAUAAAGUACCAAAUUCCCAGGCGACUCCAAUAAAGUUUCAUCCACCACGCCCCCAAAGCCACUCUCCGAGCAUCCAAGACAUUUCGAUAUCGAUACACCCAGACGCAGUCGAGCAACGGAGAGGAAAGGAAAGGAAAGGAGGUGAAAGCAAGUGAAAGCAAAGAAAAUCUUCAUUCAUCAGCCAGACGCAAUUCACAUCACAUCACGUACCAACAUCACGGCAACUGGAUAGAUAGUGUGGAUAUUGAUCAAUCAAUCAAUCAAUCAAUCAAUCAUUCCAUCAUUCCAUCAACCGACCAAUCUAACCCAACUUAAGCCUCCCCCAAGAAGGAUCAUCCAUCUUGAUAUCAUUUCCAUUAUUAUUCCGAUAUUCGAUUUCCUCCCAGAUUCCCUCACUCUUUUUGAGGUUCUCUUGCGUGGGUACGGGAUUAUUACUAUUCAAGGCUUGGUUGUUGUUACAUUCCGCUUCUUGUUCUUAUUGUCGAUCAUUAAUUAUUACUCUUAUUACUCUUAUUAUCAUUACUAUCAUUACUAUCAUUACUACCUACCACCAUACAUAUCUAUUUCCUACGACCGAUACUCCGACCGAUAUCACUCUGGACCUUGAUCAAUUGAUGAUCCGAUUUAUCUUAAGGCUUGAACCACUUUUAAGCUUUGCUCAAGCUUCCAUUGCACAUCCAUUAAUUAAUCAAAAUUAAUCAAUCAAAUCAUUCGUUAUUUUUAUAUUUUUACUCGUUAUCCUUAUUAUACUCCGUCCGCACUUUGGUCCCUUGGUCUUGGGGUUAGAGUUAUAUAUCUGAUUCGUUAAAAGUCCCCUCAACUCACCACCUCUUCUUUGCCAUACAUACAUACAUACAUAUCUAUAUUAAUUGAUUCUAAUAACAAAGGAGAGAAGGGAAAAUUUAAAACGACAACGACGACGUGGAAAAGAAGAAUUCGGGUGAUUUCUCAGAAUUGAUUUAUCUUUUAUUUUCCUGGAUAAGAAAAGAGAGAGAGAGACGGAGACAGAGGAAGAGACAAAAGAAGAAGGGACGGAGUAGGAAAAGAGUGAGAGUGAGUAGGUGAGAAGUGAAGAGAGAAUUGAAAAGUGGAAGAAGUAGGAAAAGAGUGAGAGAGUGAAGUGAAGUGAAGUGAAGUGAAGAGUGAAAAGAGUGAAAAGAGUGUGUGAAGUGAAGAAAAAAAAAGAAAAAGAGAAAGAAGAAAAAAAGGAAAGAAGCUCUCGCUCUCUCUCUCUCUCUCUCUCUCACCUCUCCAUUCAUUAUCAUUAUCAUGUUCCAACCACAACCCACACCCUUUUCACCCUUCUCUACAUAUGGAUUAAAUAUAUCUCCACAACCGCAACCUCCUCCACCACUUCUGGAUUUCAACAAUUUUCAUCACAAUCACAAUCACAAUCACACCACUCACCCUCACCCUCACAAUCACCCUCACAAUCAAAAUCAAAAUCUUAACAACCACAACCACAACCACAAUAACAAUAACAACCACAACAAUCACAAUCACAAUUCAAUUUCAAACACGCAAUCACUUCAUCAACACCAACACCAACAUCCUCAUCCUCAUCCUCAUCCUCAAUCCCACUCUCAAUCUCAAUCUCACUCACACUCCAAUUCGCAUUCGCACUCUCACCCUCACCCUCAUCCUCAUCCUCAACCUCAUCCUCUUAACCAUACACAUACACUUACACAUACACACUCACAAUCUCACGCCCAACAACAACAGCGCUCAAAUUCUCUCUCUCAUUCCUCUCCCUCGGCAUGUACACCACCAACAACGACAGCUAUCGUGGAUAAUCUAAACUCAAUUGUUGUUGCAACUCAACCAGGACAAGGUACGACGGCGGGACGCGGACAAGGAAAUACCCUGCAACAAUUCCAACAGCGACAUCCACAACAACCAAUUUUUAAUCCCAUCAAUAGUAGCGCUUCGAAUUCGAACCCAAAUCUGACGGGCACUAUCAAUCUACCCCACAACACCAAUACCAAUUCUUCUCUACCACCAUUGUUCGCACAUCAUAGUCAGCAACAAUACAAAAUGGAGGAUAAUGGUGUCAGUGGAGUUAGUGAUAUGGAAGCACAGGAAGCUUUAGCUCGGGAGUUUCAACCAGCGUUGGAGGGUCCAUUGGUGGGGGAAAAGAAGAGCAGUCUGGCGAUAGCUGAAGAGUAUGCAAAAGCUGACCCAAUUUAUGUUUCGAAAACUUCUGCAUUACCUCAGAAGUAUUCUCAUUAUCGACCGAUUCUUGGCGAUGGAAAUUGUGGAUGGCGGGCGGCGGGAUUCUCCUACUUUGAGACUUUACUGAGAAUGGGAAAUAGAGGUCAGGUAGAGGAAGAACUAGCAAGGAUAUUAUCGCUCAACAGUCUACUCACCACGGCUGGAGGAUUCGAUGCGUGGAUCUUUGAAGAUAUGGUAGAAGAAACUACCACGUUGUUGAGAGACAUGGCAGAUUUGAUGGAUACCUCUAUCCAAGCUGCCGAAUCCUUGAUCUUGGAUCGAUUCAACAACUCGGAAAUCUCGAACGCUAUCGUAUACCAUUUUCGAUUAUUGGCUAGCUCUUGGCUCAAAGCUAACCCUCAAAAUUACCAAGGAUUUAUACCAGACGGCGGUGGUGUCGAUCAAUAUAGAAAAGAAUGGUUGGAGCCACCUAAUCAAGAGAUAGAUCAUCUUGGUAUGACGUUGCUCAUCGACAUUUUACUAAAACCUACUCGAUUCUCCGUUGAGAUUGUCUAUCUCGAUCGUAGUGAAGGAACACAAGUCAACAGUCACAUGUUCCAAGCUGAAGAUUCAAAUGGUCAGCCCACCAACCCAGGAGGUCCAAUUAUAUACCUUCUCUAUCGACCUGGUCAUUACGAUAUCUUGUAUAAAGAUCUUGUACGGCAAAGUAUUGAUAUGAGCUCAAAUAUUCAAGUCAAUCGAGCCACGAAUUUUACUCAUCAACACUCGACUGAAGCACAUCCUCCUAUGAAUCCAUAUCAAACUAUGGAUCUCCUCCUCAGUAUUCCGGGUGUCAGUUUCGCAUCACCAUAUUCGAACUUUGGUACGCAAUAUCAAUCACCGAUGUCUCAAGCAUUUGCUCCUGCGCCAUCGACCGCCUUAUCACCCAUGUCACCUACAGGGAAUUCAGUCUCCACACCACAAUCCACAACCUCAGUCACAAGUCUUCCCAAUCGUUCAACAUUUACUUCAAUCAAUACCCCUACCCCAAUUAUCACCUCUCCACACCCAUUCAAAAAUACACCAAUCUCCCUUCCUAUUCAUACCCUACCUCCACCUACCCCUCAUACUAUCCCAUCUCCUAUUUCAUUAGGUAUACCAGCUGCAAGUUUUCGCCCAAGCAAGUACGAAUGGGCGAUAUCGGCCGAUUUACAAGAGGGACCCGUGCCCAGUUUUCAAACUAGCACAUUUAAAAAUAGUCAUUAUAAUACAGCGCAUUAUAAUAAUCCGAAUUUCCAACCAGAAGAAUGGACGCCAGAAGAAGAUGGCUUAGGUGUGGGUAGCAAAGGAGGAGGUGGAGGAGGCUAUGGUGGAUGGGCAAGAAAGAGGAGUAGUUGAUGAGUGAGGUUAGGCAUGGGACAUGAAAUGGGGGUUUGGGGAGGGAAAAAAAUUAUGAUAUUAAUGAUGCUGGUAUUGGGGAUAAUUUUUUGUGUUCAUAUGUUUUAAGGGAGUUUCAAGGAACUUGAUUUGGGGGAUUUUGCGAAACAUGCAAAUUUAUAUUAUAUCAUAACAUGAUGAUUAUAAGUUGAUUUGAGAAUUAAGUGAAAUGAAGUCUAUUUGAAGG